UCUCUCUCCUCCAGCAGAAAUCAUCACAUCUCUCUUGUGUAUGAUGUAUCUAACCAUUCAUGAACAAAUCAACAAAUCAUGAACUUGUCAACAAUAUCACCCACAUGUUCACACUUCUUUAAUAAAACACCAAACAUGCUUCUCCAUCUCCUCUUCUUUUCCGUUAUCCUAACAAUCACAUCCCCAUCACCAACGUCCGUCCAAACAAACUGCACUCGCGUUUGUUCAGACGGACGUGGGACAAACUCUGUCCCAUACCCGUUUGGAUUCUCCGACGGCUGUGAAAUCCGUCUGGAUUGCACUGCCGCCGGACAAACAAACGUUGGAACUUACAACGUCCAAAAUAUCACUAGUGAUCACAUGAUGGUUAAUUUUCCAGCAAACUGCGACCGCGAGUUUGAACAAAUCCAGUUAUUUAACAACAACUCAAACUUCGCCAUCACAUCGCGUAACGCUUUCCUGUUGGAAGACUGCAGCUCUAACUUAAACGACUGUGUUAUAUCGAUUACUCGAAUUGAGAAUCGAUUCAAUUUACCACGGUGUAAUAGAAGUAGCAGUAUGAGUUGUUACUUGGAGGAAGAUUCAGCUGGGGAAGAUUUUUUAAGUUUGAAAAGAUUGGAAACCGCGGGUUGUCGGGUUUUGUUCUCGUCUGUGAUGGUUGGUUUGAUCGGAAAUAAUUCACGGACUUUGCCGGUGACAAUGGAGUUUCAAUUGCUGGAGUUGGGUUGGUGGGUUCGUGGGGAUUGCGGUUGCGAUGGCAACGCGGUUUGCCGGAAUGUGUCGGUUGAGAACCAGAGGGUCGGGUAUCGGUGCUACUGUAAUGAAGGAUAUGCCGGAGAUGGAUUCAUUGCCGGAGAUGGUUGUCGGAGAGUGAAGAACGUUGGAGCUAGAGCAGGCGUGCUUAUCGGAGGAAUCAUCGGCGGAGCUUCUUUGAUCUUAGCCGUGGCGCUCAUUUGCUACUGCCAUAGAAAACGAGCAGCUUCUAUAAGAAACCAGCGACUCGUGAAACGCCAAAUUUCAGAAGCCAGAAAUAGCUUCAAUGUCCCUUUUUACCACUAUAGAGAAAUCAAGAGAGCCACCAACUCAUUCUCGGAGGAACAACGAUUAGGCGUAGGCGCAUAUGGCACGGUCUAUGCUGGAAAGCUAAGCAGCAACGAGUGGGUUGCUGUCAAGAAGCUACGAAACCGAGAGAAUGAUGGAACUGGACACAAUCAAGUAAUGGACGAGAUCAAACUUAUCUCAACAGUUAACCACCCUAACCUUGUUCGCCUUUUGGGCUGCUGCAUUGAGCAAGGCGAACAGAUUCUUGUUUAUGAGUUCAUGCCAAAUGGAACACUUGCACAACAUCUACAACGAGAAAGAAACACAGGUCUUCCAUGGACCGUAAGGCUCGCGGUUGCAACCGAAACUGCACAAGCUAUUGCUUAUCUUCACUCCAUGAACCCUCCCAUAUAUCAUAGAGAUGUUAAGUCUAGUAAUAUACUUCUAGAUUAUAACUAUAAGUCAAAAGUUGCGGAUUUUGGUCUCUCUAGACUCGGGUUGUUAGACGAUUCGCACAUAUCAACCGCCCCACAAGGGACACCGGGGUAUGUGGACCCAGAGUACCACCAAAACUUCCAUCUAUCUGAUAAAAGUGAUGUUUAUAGCUUCGGGGUGGUUCUUGUAGAAAUAAUAACCGCAUUAAAGGUUGUUGAUUUUUCGCGCCAUCAUAGUGAAAUAAACUUGGCUGCUCUUGCUAUAGACAAGAUUGGAAAAGGGUGUGUGGAUGAUCUAAUAGACCCGUUUUUAGAACCGAAUCGCGAUGCGUGGACGCUUUCAUCAAUUCACAAGGUUGCUGAGCUGGCAUUUCGAUGUUUGGCGUUCCAUGGAGACGUGAGACCAUCGAUGGAAGAAGUAGCGGAUGAGCUGGAACAGAUUAGACUCUGCGGGUUAAACACGGGGGAUGAUAAUGUAACCUUAGCAGCAUCAUCGGCUGCAUCGGUUUCUUCAUCACCGUGUAAUGGUAGUGAGAAAUCAAUAGGUGAGUCCAUACGAAAGAAUGUGGUCGCGAUUCGGAGCUGGAGGUUCGGUGUUCCUCAUGUGAGACAUGAUUGUUUAAAGAAUUCAGAAGAGAAGAAAGAUGGUUCAAGUGCCUUUGUGCAGAAUGUAAGGUUAAGUGAGCAGAGUUCACCCUCAGGCAACAGCUUGUUAGGCAAUGUUGUUUAGUGAAAAUGAAACUGAUGAUACUAAUGGAAUGGUAGCAAUCUAAAGGAAACGGAAACUGAUCGGUUGUAAAUACACAGAAGAGUCGAAUGCAAUUCCCUUGGUGUGAUUUGGUUUGGUUUGGUUCGGUUCGGUUCGAUUCGGUUAUUCUAACCGAAUUAUAUAAUUAAGUUUUUACAAAUUGGCUUAACCUUUUGUUUUUUGUUUGGGUAGUUUUAAUUCGGUUUUGUUGAUUAA